UUAUUGUUGGGUUUCCCACAUUGUCCAGCUCACAUAUCAUCCUUUUGGGGUACCCAAUCCCGAUUUCCCAGGAGUCGCUCGCGCUCUCCCGUCCCAGCACCUUCCACUGCCGCUGUGGAGAUGGCUCCAGAGACGGGGCGGGGCCCAAAGCUACCGUUAGGCUCCAAGGCUUUGCAGGCCUUGCCAGAAGACGCCGUGGCAGCGGGCCGGCGGCUCUUUUGGGACGGUGCAGUGAGUAGCCGACCCAGUGGAGCGCCGGCAACCAGUGAGAGGCGCUACGAAGUCUCGGUGCAAGGCGUCACUGAAGUGGUACAGCUGCACGCCACUGAAUCUUCAUGGAGUGGAAGCUGUAGCUGCAGGCUGAGCUCCCAUUG